AUGGCUCCAGUCGUUCAACAACCAGCUCCAAGUUUCAAGAAAACCGCCGUCGUUGAUGGUGUCUUUGAAGAAGUCACUUUAGAACAAUACAAAGGUAAAUGGGUCUUGUUGGCCUUUAUUCCAUUGGCCUUCACAUUCGUCUGCCCAUCAGAAAUUAUUGCUUAUUCCGAAGCUGUAAAGAAAUUUGCCGAAAAGGAUGCUCAAGUUUUGUUUGCCUCUACUGACUCCGAAUACACCUGGUUGGCUUGGACCAAUGUCGCCAGAAAAGACGGUGGUAUUGGCAAAGUCGACUUCCCAGUCUUGGCUGACACCAACCACUCCUUGUCCAGAGACUACGGUGUCUUAAUUGAAGAAGAAGGUGUUGCCUUGAGAGGUAUUUUCUUGAUUGAUCCAAAGGGUGUCUUGAGACAAAUCACCAUCAAUGACUUGCCAGUCGGUAGAUCUGUUGAAGAAUCCUUGAGAUUGUUGGAGGCUUUCCAAUUCACUGAAAAAUACGGUGAAGUUUGUCCAGCUAACUGGCACCCAGGUGAUGAAACCAUCAAGCCAAGCCCAGAAGCAUCCAAGGAAUACUUCAACAAAGUCAACAAAUAA